AUGGUCCCCACUCCCCUCAAUUAUGCCUCACAUCGCUAUCCACGAUUAACUUACUCCCUCUACGCCCUCGCCGCCCAUGGCCUGCGCAAGCUCACGGGCUCAACGUCGACCCCCAACGGUGGCCGCGAUGGGUACCACUCCUUCGCCAAGCGCAUAGAAGUUGGCGGCCUGAGCUCCGUUGAGUCCGCCGUGUUUAUCACCCUCAUUCCCGUGCUCGUCUUGCUCUCGGGACUGUUCGCCGGCCUGACCCUCGGGUACAUGAGCUUGGACGAGACCCAGCUCCACGUCUUGGCCAUCAGCGGUACCCCUAAGCAGAAGAGGUAUGCGGAGAAGAUCCUGCCGAUUCGCAAGAAUGGUCACCUUCUCCUCAUCACCCUGCUCAUCGCCAAUAUGGUCGUCAACGAAACCCUCCCCGUCAUUUCAGAGGACGUUUUGGGUAGCGGCAUAACGAGUGUGGCUAUUAGCACCGUUUUGAUUGUCAUCUUCUCGGAGAUCAUUCCCCAGUCUCUUUGCACGCGCUACGGUUUGGCAAUCGGUGCCACGGCGGCACCUCUAGUACGCGUCCUCCUAUACACACUCGGUAUCGUUUCAUGGCCCGUCGCCAAGUUCAUGGAACUUACAUUGGGUCCUCACCACGGUAUCAUGUAUCGUCGUGGAGAAUUGAAGGAGCUUAUCGCGCUGCACUCCACCACCGGCCACCUUGGUGGAGACCUGCAGUCGGACACUGUCACCAUCAUUGGGGCCACCUUGGAUCUGCAAGAGAAGGUCGUUCGUCAAGCGAUGACCUCUCUAGACAAGGUCUUCAUGCUCAGCAUCGACGCCAAGCUCGACUUCGACACCUUGAAGCGCAUUGGCGAAACCGGCCACUCUCGCGUUCCUGUUUACGAGGAGGUCGAGGUUCCAGUGGUUUUGAAAGCGCAGGGCAUCCCUCCAGCUGCCGCGGACGACUCGCCUCUGCCGGACCGUGUGCAGAAGGUUAAGAAGAUCAUUGGUGUACUACUGGUGAAGCAGCUUCUCCUCCUCGACCCCAAGGAAGCAACCCCGGUCAAGUCCAUCACGCUCAACGCCAUACCCUGUGUACCUUCCAACGAGCCCAUCCUCAGCGUGCUCGACAAGUUCCAAGAGGGUCGCAGCCACAUGGCGAUUGUCUCGCGCUUUUCGGUCGAUAAGGCCAAGAGCGUUCAGAAGGAGGUCAAGAAGGGUCUCACGCAGCGCCUCAAGGACCGCGUCGGCAUGGGUGGCGACAGCUCGGACUCUGCCUCCUCGGAUGACUCGGAUACCGAGACGCACACGAGCGGUGGUACGAGCGACCGCGAUCGCGACGCGACGUUGCGCGGGGACCGCCCCGAUGGGAAGAAGAAACGGCGUUGGGGACGGAAGGACAAGAAAAAGCGCGGGUCCAAGGACGAGCACAGCGAGGACGUCGAGAAAGGCGACACGAAGAAGGAGAAGGAGCGCCAGACCGUCGUCCAGAGCUCGAUCGCGAAGGCCAUGAGCGUCGGACGUGAGCAGAGCCUGCCCGAUGACGCCGUGCUCGGAAUGGAAGAGGCGAACGACUUCGUUCAGAGCAUGGACCCAUACAUCAUGCCCCUCGGUAUUAUCACCCUCGAGGAUGUCGUCGAGGAACUCAUCGGCGAGGAGAUCUACGACGAGUUCGACCGCGAAGGCCAAGGCAAUGCCGCCCCGCAUCUCCCCAUGCGCUUGCUCGCACGUCGCCGCGGCCGCGAGGGAGCCUCUCCUGCCAUGCGCCCCGAUAUCACGGCCACAGUGUCAACUCCUGCCAUGAUCGACGUCCCUCGCGGCGUACAGACUAUGCCUGCCUCUCCUCUACUGCUUCCUGCCUCGCUGUCAAAUACAGGCUCGAAGACGAAGGGCCUGGUGGGAAAGGUGUUCGGCGUGAAGCGCUCGAACACCAUAGACAUCCCACCUGUAGACGACGAGAAGAAGGAAGGGAAGAAGGACGAGGAGCCGAGUGAACCGUCGCGCACGGACAAGAAAGACGCGCCGGAUAUAGGUGGCGGGGAUGCCAACGCUACGGCGAAGGACUAA